AUGGGAUAUACAAAUCAAACUUUUGCAACCAGUUUCAUCCUCCUUGGACUUUCUGAUUCCCCAUACCUUCAGGUUAUAUAUUUUAUUAUUUUCAUGGUGAUGUAUAUAAUUACGCUGUGUGGGAACAUAUUGUUAAUUCUAGCUGUACAAACCAGUAUUCAGCUUCAAACACCUAUGUAUUUUUUUCUCAGCAACCUCUCAUUCAUUGAUAUCUGUUUUUCAUCCACCAUAGUUCCUAAACUUCUGGUGAACACUAUAUCUAAGGACAGGAGCAUUACUCUGUUGGAAUGUGCAUCACAGAUGUUCUUCUCUUUAGCAUUAGGAGCCACUGAAUGUAUUAUAUUGGCUGUUAUGGCUUAUGAUAGGUAUGCAGCUAUCUGUAGGCCUUUGUUAUACAAAAUUAUUAUGAACAAAAGGUUCAUAAUGAUUCUAACUGCUGCAUCCUGGGCUGUGGGCUUCAUUAAUUCAACCAUCCAUGUUUUAUUUACUUUUCAACUGCCUUACUGCAGAUCCCACCAUGUCAACCACCUUUUCUGUGAGGUGCCUCCUUUCUUAAAAUUGUCUUGCAGAGACCCCUGGCUCAAUGAGCUUGGAAUGUACAUCUCAGCUUGGAUCAUAGCUGUGUUUGCCUUUUUUCUCACUAUUAUUUCCUAUAUUUACAUCAUCUCCAACGUACUGAAGAUACAGUCCUCCCAUGGAAGACAUAAAACAUUCUCCACAUGUGCCUCUCACCUCACAGUGGUCUCUCUUUAUUAUGGAACCCUUAUGUUUAUAUAUUUACGUCCACAUUCCAGGUACUCUCCAGAGCUUGACAAGACUGUGCCAAUUAUUUACACAGCGGUGACUCCAAUGCUGAAUCCUAUUAUCUACAGCAUGAGAAAUAAGGAUGUCAAAGAAGUUAUAAAAACAAAAUUGGUCAAGAAAACAUGUUUUUUACCUUCUCUAUGA